GGUCAGGGCGCAGGAUUUUGCCUAAUCCACUCGGUUUGUGAAUGAUAAUGCGAUCUAUAUAAACCAAAUUAGCCCACUCGGUCUGGUUGAAGGCCUGAACGCCAAGUCGCCAACCGACCUAAUCCAAACCUAAAUCUGUAAGAGAAAUUUGUGCAGCGGGGCAGUUGGAUAUGUUGGAGGAGAGAGAUCGAUGGAGAGGCGUAGAAAGACUCAAAACUGCAAUUCUUUCUCGAGCUCAGACCCCUCGACGCCGACCUUCGGCUCCGCCGCCGCCUCUCCGAGCAUUGCCAGCGACGCGAACUCGGGAAUCCUGAACGAGACGGUGCUGGUGCUGGUGUUCCGCAGCAUCAAUUGGGACCCGCACGUCAUCUGCGUGGCUGCCUGCGUGAGCCGGCGUCUCCGGGCGGUGGCCAGCCGGGUGCUCUUCCGGGAGCUCUGCAUCUCGCGCGCCCCGCGCAUGGUGACCGCGCUUACCGCAGGCGGCGCUGCCCCUGGCGGCCGCCUCGGCGGGGGGUGGCACUCCCUCGCCAAGCUCCUCUUUUUCUGUUGCGGGUUCGCCGCUCCCACCCGCUUCUUCGCCCUCGACCGCCCCACGCCGGGCCACUUCAUCGCCAUCUCGCGGUUCUCCAAGACGUCGGGGCGGUCCUUCCUGGUGCGCCGCUGCUGGGGCGACCUGCUUUUCGUCAGCGACCCCUGCGAGCACCCGGAGGUCGGCGGCGUCGGGGAAGAUCUCCUGGGGGCCUACCGAGGGGUGUUCCGGGGGUUCAUGAAGUCGAAGACCCGAGCGUGGCUGAUUGGGAAGAAGCAGGAGCUGGAGAGCCGCGUGCGGUGCCCCUAUUGCGGCGCACGGGUUUGGAGCAUGAUGGCGGCCGGACUGGUGCCGAAGACAGCGUCGAGGAGGCUCGGGUCUCACGAAGGGAGAUUGGACUACUUUGUGUGCGUCAACGGCCACCUUCACGGAUUUUGCUGGUUGGCGCAUUUGUCGACUGAUGAAGAAGGAAACAACGACGAAGAGGGCGGCGGCGGCGGCGGCGGUGGCGGCGACGACGACGAAGCAGUUGAUAGAGAUGAAGAGUUCGUUGAGGAUGACGAUUACGACGGGAAUGUAGCGCUUUGAGUAUAUUUGCUGAGUUCCUCCCUGUGGUGCUCUGUUGCUUCUCCUACCUUUCUCGAUCGAGUGAAUUGAAUGAGAACUUAGAUUGAUGGCGAA